GCCUCUUCUCCCAGCAUGGCCCCCAAACACCAGUCUGCACUUCCGCCUCAAGCAAAGAAACCCAGGAAACUGAAACUGACUCCUGCACCCAAGCCAGAGGAAACUUUCAACUUGCCGAAGGAAGAAAAAGAAUAGCAAGAAGCAAUUGAACAUAUUGAUGAAGCACAAAAUGAAAUAGACAGACUUAAUGAACAAGCCAGUGAGGAGAUUUUGAAAGUAGAACAGAAAUAUAAUAAACUCCGCCAAUCAUUUUUUCAGAAGAGGUCGGAACUGAUCGCCAAAAUCCCAGACUUUUGGGUAACAACAUUUGUUAACCAUCCACAAGUGUCUGCACUGCUUGGGGAGGAGGAUGAAGAGGCGCUGCAUUAUUUGACAAGAGUUGAAGUGACAGAAUUUGAAGAUAUUAAAUCAGGUUACAGAAUGGAUUUUUAUUUUGAUGAAAACCCUUCCUUCGAAAAUAAAGUUCUCUCCAAAGAAUUUCAUCUGAAUGAGAGUGGUGAUUCAUCUUCAGAGACCACUGAAAUCAAAUGGAAAUCCGGAAAGGCUUUGACAAAACAUUCAAGUCAAACGCAGAAUAAAGCCAGCAGGAAAAGACAGCAUGAGGAACCAGAGAGCUUCUUCACCUGGUUUGCUGAUCAUUCUGAUGCAGAUGCAGAUGAUUUAGGAGAGGUCAUCAGAGAUGAUAUUUGGCCAAAUCCAUUACAGUACUACUUGGUUCCUGACAUGGAUGAUGAAGAAGGGGAAGGAGAAGAAGAAGAUGAUGAUGAUGAAGAGGAAGAAGGAUUGGAAGAUAUUGAUGAAGGGGAUGAGGAUGAAAGUGAAGAAGAUGAGAAUGAAGGUGAAAAAGAUGAAGAUGAUGAUGAGGGGGAGGAAGGAGAAGAUUACUAAUGGAACACUGAUGGA